UUGGAUACAUGCCUAACAAAGUCCGAAAAUUGGGUGGUCCAAAUACUUUGCCAACAAAUAAGGAGUCAUUUUCACCCAAAGAGCCGAUCACCUGUCGGUCGUCGGUGCAUUUUAUUAUAGUACCAAAGUUGUGUUGGAAUCUCUAACCACCAAUUCCUCUGUUCAAUUUAUGCAUUUGAUUUUCUCUCCACCGACAUUGAAAGCACGAGGCGGUUUCUCCAAGGCGGAAGUUUAUCAUUCAGGCGUGUUUCUCUGUUGGAUUAAUCGACUUCACGAUGAACCCCGAAUAUGACUACUUGUUCAAACUUCUGCUCAUAGGAGAUUCGGGUGUUGGGAAGUCAUGCCUUCUUCUCAGAUUUGCUGACGAUUCAUAUUUGGACAGCUACAUUAGCACAAUUGGUGUUGACUUUAAAAUUCGCACUAUGGAGCAAGAUGGGAAGACAAUCAAACUUCAGAUUUGGGACACUGCUGGACAAGAACGUUUCCGGACAAUCACAAGUAGUUACUAUCGAGGAGCACAUGGCAUUAUAAUAGUGUAUGACAUUACUGAUAAAGAAAGUUUCACGAAUGUUAAGCAAUGGUUAAAUGAAAUCGAUCGCUAUGCAAGUGAAAACGUGAACAAGCUUUUGGUUGGAAACAAGUGUGACAUGGAUGCUAAUCGAGCAGUGUCUUAUGAUGUUGCUAAGGAUUUUGCUGAUGAAAUUGGUAUUCCUUUCUUGGAGACCAGUGCAAAGAAUGCUAUUAACGUUGAACAAGCUUUUACGGCAAUGUCAUCUGAUAUAAAGAAGAGGAUGGCAAGCCAACCUGCAGGGAGCAAUGCCAGGCCACCAACCGUGCAAAUUCGAGGACAACCCCUCAAUCAAAAGGGUGGUUGUUGCUCAUCAUAGACGUUGUGUAAGUGACCCACAUCGAAAAGUAUACUUUUUGAACACUCUUGAAACUCCGGAGUGUGAAUCAUAUAGGAUGGGGUUUACUUCAUUAUGGAUGAACAUUGCAUGAGAAGAAAGUCAAUUUUUUAGCAAAAACAUUAGAAGAAGAAAGUCAUUAAACUUCUUCGUUUACACAUGUCAUGAGAGUUGUUACUUGUUAGAUUACAUAAACUAUGUUCUUAGUAGUUAAAUUAAAACACCUUCAGACAUUGUAAAGAAAUUUCAUCUGUGCACUUUGUUUGGAAUUAUGGCAGUUCAUACUAAUCUUUUGCAUUGUAACACAUUUC